AUGAAGCAGACGCGUUCUUUGUAUACACUAAGCCACAACACUCUCUUCCUACUUACCUACAUAUAUUCCUAUCUAUCUAUCUAUCUAUCUAUCUAUCUAUGUCUGUUCAUUAUCUACCUAUCUGUUAUGGAAGUGAAUUGUUUCCCUUUCCACUUUUCCCGCGCUUUAUACCAUCGUCACUCCUCCAUUCUCGUCUUCCAUUUCUUUUCUUUUCCGCCUCUUGAGCGCCAUCUGUAUUUGUUCACUUUCUUUCUUUCUUUCUUGCAUUCUUUCUUUCUUUCUUUCUUUCUUUCUUUCUUUCUUUCUUUCUUUUUCUUUCUUUUUCUUUCUUUCUUUCUUUCUUCUACUAUUGUUCUCUUUUCUUCUUCCAUUUUUUAUUUCUUUUCUUCAGUUUCUCUAUUCCCUUUCUUAUACUAUCGUUUCCCUUCCAUCUUCCAUUUCUUUCUUUCUUUCUUUCUUUCUUUCUUUCUUUCUUUCUUUCUUUCUUGCAUUCUUUGUUUCUUAUACUAUUGUUCUCUUUUCUUCUUCCAUUUCUUUCUUUCUUUCUUUCUUUCUUUCUUUCUUAUAACCAUGUUCUUUUUUCUUCAUCUUCCUUUUCUUUAUUUUUCUUUCUUUCACUUAUUCUCAUUCAUUCAUUCAUUCAUUCUUUCUUUCUUUCUUCCUUUCUUUCUUUCUUUCUUUCUUUCUUAUACUAUUGUUCUCUUUUCUUCUUCCAUUUCUUUUCUUUCUUUUUUCUUUCUGUUUUUCUUUAUUAAUUUCUUUCUUUCUUUCUUUCUUUCUUUCUUUCUUAUACUAUUUUGUUCCCUUUACAUUUUCUUCUUUCUUUCUUUCUUUCUUUCUUUCUUUUUUUUUCUUUCUUUUUGUCUUUCUUUCUUUCUUUCUUUCAUCUACAUACAUUUUUUUUCUAUCACUCACAUUUCUUUUCAUGUUUCUUUUUACUUUUGUUCUCUAUCUUCCAUUUCUUUAUUUCUUUCCUUUAAUUUCUUUGUUCACUCUUUCUUUCUUAUUCUUUUGUCCUCUUUACAUGUAACAUUUCUUUCUUUCUUUCUUUCUUUCUUUCUUUCUUUCUUUCUUACAAACCUUCUCCCUUCUUUCUUUCUUUUUUUCUUUCUUUCUUUCUUUCUUUCUUUGACUGCCUUUCUAUCUCUUCAGUACAAACCUUUCUCCUUCUUUCUUUCUUUCUUUUCUUUCUUUUUCUUUCUUUCUUUUUUCUUUUUCUUUGACUGCCUUUCUAUCUCUUCCGUACAAACCUUCUCCCUUCUUUCUUUCUUUCUUUCUUUCUUUCUUUCUUUCUUUCUUUCUUUGACUGCCUUUCUAUCUCUUCAUACAAACCUUCUCCCUUCUUUCUUUCUUUUUUUUCUUUCUUUUCUUUUUUUUUCUUUCUUUGACUGCCUUUUCUAUCUCUUCAGUACAAACCUUCUCCCUUCUUUCUUUCUUUCUUUCUUUCUUUCUUUCUUUCUUUCUUUGACUGCCUUUCUAUCUCUUCAGUACAAACCUUCUCCCUUCUUUCUUUCUUUCUUUCUUUCUUUCUUUCUUUCUUUCUUUCUUUCUUUCUUUCUUUCUUUCUUUGACUGCCUUUCUAUCUCUUCAGUACAAACCUUCUCCUUCUUUCUUUCUUUCUUUCUUUUCUUUCUUUCUUUCUUUGACUGCCUUUCUAUCUCUUCAGUACAAACCUUUCUCCCUUCUUUCUUUCUUUCUUUCUUUCUUUCUUUCUUUCUUAUCGUUCUUUCUUCCUUUCAUUCUUUCUUUCGUUCAAUUUUUAUUUCUGUUUAUUGCUCGUUCCUCUUCUUCCAUUUUUAUUAUCUGUUUUUUUUAUCGCCCAUUCAUUCUUUCCUCUCAACCGCUUUUCUUUUUCUCGAUUCUUUCUUUCUUUCUUUCUUUCUUUCUUUCUUUCUUAUAUCCAUGUUCUUUUUUCUUCAUCUUCCUUUUUUUAUUUUUCUUUCUUUCACUUAUUCUCAUUCUUUCUUUUCUUUCUUUCUUUCUUUCUUUUCUUUCUGUUUAUUAAUCGUUCCUCUUCCUCCAUUUUUAUUACCCUUAUUUCUUCUUUCUCUCUUAUUCGUUCUUUCCUCCUCACCGACUUUUCUCUUCCUUACGUUCUUUCUUUCUGUCUUUCUUUCUGUCUUUUCGAGAAAACAGGUUUGA